AUGUAUUCAGCUCAAAGAUUCGUGACUUUCCAGGCUCCCAAACGAAGGUUUUUAUUGGGCCAAAUUAGCGAUAUAGAGGGUUUGGGCGACAGGAUCUAUCCGGGCGUCGAUCCGCUUCUGAUUUUAUGGCGUUUUCUCCUCUGGGAUACCCAGGAUCUUCUGAUCCUAUUGUACGUGCUAAGCAUAAAAGUGUCUUCACUUCGAAAUUAUCAAAUCAUGCUUAAAAAGCGGCUUUACACCGCUCAACAAGACCUUCUCACGAAAAUGAUUAUUAUACAAAAUACUUUCAAAGUAGACCUCCGAAAAGAGGUAUUCCAGGCUAUUUCAUCAAAAUAA